CAUCUAAACAUUCGCAUUUAUAAUAUUAGUAAGAUUAAUACAACUUGUAUAUAAUUCUCUACCAAGUUAAAUUUUAAAUGACUAUACUAUGACAAUACCAUUUCAGAACAAAUAAUGCUAAAUGUAGGCGUCGCUAUCCGCACGCCUCCAGCGUCGUACGCCAAUAGCGAGCUUUUAAUAUCAAGGGGCGUUCGUCGACGCGUCUGAAACUUGAAACAAACUUUACAGUCGUCAAUACGCGGACAAUUAUAUCGGAGAGAACAUGUCCCUUUGUUUGCUACGAAAUCUAACGAAAUGAGAUAAAUUGUCAUGAAAAAAUGCAAAACGAAAGUAAAAGUGUUUCUGAAAGUGGUAGGAAGGCGUUGAGGACGCCGAAGUGUGCGAGGUGCAGGAACCAUGGCGUGAUCUCCUGCUUGAAGGGACACAAGCGGUUUUGCCGCUGGCGCGACUGCCGCUGCCCCGGAUGCCUGCUGGUGCUUGAGCGGCAAAGGGUCAUGGCUGCACAGGUGGCGCUGCGCCGGCAGCAGGGCGCGGGCACACCGCGGGGCAGCGAAGCUGCCGCUCUAGCUGCCCGCAAAAAGGCGUACCGAGCGCGGUUGCGCUGCAUGCAGAUGUCCAGAACUUAUCCACCACCACCACAGUCCUAUGCCAACAUGAGAUUGCUGAGUGACCCGGCGUGGAGCGAACGUGUGCGCCGGCGCAAGGUGUUCGCGGAUGAAGAGCUGACGGAGGUGCUGCUGCCCGCCCCUGCGCGCCCCGCGUUGCCCCCUGCCCCCGCCGCGUUGUGUUCGCACCUGCUGGCUGCCAUACUCAGCAAUUACGGCCUGCCCCCGCCAGCUCCGCAUUCACCGCCCCGCACACGACCCAAGAUAUCAUUCUCUAUUGAAUCCAUUAUUGGCGUAAAGUAAAUACAUAUUUAUUUUUUAAGUUAACAUUUCAAUAGACGUAAUUUAUCAGAUCAAGAUUAUUCAGUCUGGUAAUCAUAUUUAUGUUAUUAUAAAGAUGAUAUCUUGAUUCUAAAAAUCAAGUUCUA